AUGCGGUUCACAUCUGAGAAGGGGCAGAAUGCUUCGGACGGCGCCGCCACCCGCGCGAUAGGCGGGGAAGCUCACGACAAGAAAGGAGAACAGCACCGUGUUGCAUUGAAGAACAGCAUUGGACUCAAUGCCCGGCACUUGGUGCACUACACACUCCAAAAGGAGAAAGAACAAUUAUUUGACCAAAUGAAGACGGUGCAAGGCCGCGCGAUGAAACUGGAGUGCGCACAGCUAAAGGCGCGUUAUAACCCAAAAAGAUUUAAGCAAGAGUUGAAUGAAGAACUUGUAUCCGUCCCGACCGAUGCUUCGCCACAAGAUCUCGCUUCGCACAGUGAACAGAUUGAUUUACCUGCAACUAGUUACCAUGGUGCAUUGCAACAAUGGUUUCAAGUUGCCUAUCUCAGCGAGUUGUAUGAGAGACUGAGUCGUAAGGGGCACAGUGGCAGAAAGACAAAGGCCAUUGUAGCAAACGUGAUGAACAUAGCUCUCCAUUCGCGAGCCGGUGACAGCUCUAGGAAGUUUUCGCUUGGGGAUCAGGGCACAGGGGUGGACAGCUACACCUCCGAUGAGUGCCAGUAUUAG